AUGCCAGAAUAUAGCGACAUUGUCCAGGAACUUCGAGACGAGCUACUCUGGGAGGAAGAUGACCUUGAGCAGGCCGUCCAAAACGCUCAUAAAUGGGAUAUCCCCGAGCUGGACAAGUACGGCAUCAUCUCAGCCAGAGGCUUUCUUGACUUUGCCGACUGGUUGGUCCGAGGCUGGGUCCCUACUGAGUCAACCAAAGGCCGGGACAUUUACUACAUCCUAUGUGUCUUCUAUUUCGUCCUGUCCCAGGAACCACUGGGUUCUCUGGUCCGAUACGCCAAGGAGAUCGGUAGCAGUAUGGACAAGAAUUCAUCGAUCAACGAGGCUUCCAUCACGACAUUUAAAAACUCUCCGCUCUUCCGCGUCUUCGAGUCUGAGGGAGACGCCAAGAACUGGACAACUUUCAACAAGUUCUUCUACCGAAAGCUGGACAGCCCUCGUAACAUCGCUGGCCCUGAUGAUGAUCAUGUCGUGACCUUCCCUGCCGAUUCGACCUUCGCCGGUGCAUAUGCCAUCAGCGAGGAUUCCGAGGUGGUUCUGGAGAAAAAGGAGUGGCGGAUUGUGAAAGAGCAGGUGGUUCUGAAGCAUGUUCCGUGGAAAGUGAAGGACCUUCUUGGUAAAUACGGCGACGAGCCGCUUCCUGAUGACAGCACCCAAACGUACGGGGAUGUCUUCAAGGACGGAAUCUGGACUCAUGUUUUCUUGAAUUCCUUCGACUAUCACCGGCAGCAUGCGCCUGUGUCGGGGGCUGUGGAGAUCAUCGAUGUCAUAGAAGGCGCCGCCUACCUCGAUGUCCUGGUCCAGACAGACGAGCAGGUCGGUCACAACUAUCUGGAGCUCUGCCGCCAGAUCGCCGGAAAGAAAAGGAACCCUUCAGGCGUCCAUACCCUCCAGGCCCCAGACACUCCAGGUUAUCAGUUCCUCCAGGCACGUGGGGUGGUGGUGAUCAACAAUGAGCACUUGGGCCGGGUUGCCGUGCUUCCGAUUGGCAUGGCCAUGGUUUCCUCUGUUAACGUGAGGAAGGAGCUCCAAGGCCAAAAGAUCAAAAAGGGUGAAGAGAUUUCACACUUUGCAUUCGGUGGUUCAGACUGCAUUAUAAUGUUUGAGCGCAAGGCAAGAGUUUCGGGUUUUCCUGAUUCUGACCCAGCUUCUCGAGAGCAUUUCUUCUACGGUGAAAAGCUGUGUAGGGCUUACUUCAAACCCCACAAGGAGCCUAAAAGCUUCGGAUCCCGCUUCGGUUUGCCUUCCAGAUAA